AUGGCUCAAGAUAAGGUAUUUGGGCCAUUGAAGGAAAAGUGGCUAGAGAAAAAAGGGUUAAAGGAAAAGGGGAGAACCAGGGAGGGAAAUUUAAUAAGGAACAUAGGAAAAUGGAUUAAUGAAUUUGCUAAAAGUGCGGGCAGCGACAAUGAAGGAAUAGGGGCAUCUGGGUGCGACCAUGUGUAUGGAAGUAGUGAGAUGAAAGAAGGAAUAGACAAAAAAGUGUGUGCUUUUAUUUUAGGAAAUUUAUGGAGAACGUAUACAGUGCUCAUAGAAGAAGGAGUGGAGGAAGUGGAUAGGGAAAUGAAAGCAUAUAUAUAUUGUACUAUGAUGAGCGCAUGGAUGUUCUUAUAUCAGAACAAAUACUGCAGGGCUAACGAAGUUAUGAAUCAUGCUUUUGAAGGAAUGAGAUUAUUGUGUAAACCUUCUGGGAAGGGAGGAAAGUGCUAUAAGUGUGAAUAUGAAAAUUUGGAGAGAAUGCAAGUAGGGGAUGUACAAAUGUUAGGAUACAUACUGGAAGCAGUUAAGAAAGGAGACAAUGCUAUGGGAAAAAUGUAUAAGGAGGUACCAGAAGUUAAAUGUAAGCAGGAGAAUACUUUUGGACAACAUCAUCAAACAGCGGGGCAACUGGCUGAAAAAAAAAUCACCGCAGAGCAUUUUCACUUCAUAACCCAGUUAUUGACAAAAUGGAUCAUGGCAGGGAAAGUGGGAGAUUUGGACAAUUUUGGGACCAAAAUAUGGGCUAAAUUCAGGAAAGUAUUAAAAGAAUUCUUCAACUAUAUGGAAACAAGUAAUGAUGCAUGGGCAGUUUCGUGUGAUGAUAAUGGUUGGUUUAAAUGGAGAAACUAUCAAACGAAAGAAGACAGACGCGUGUGCAAACUUAUGGUUGAUGCAUUAUAUUUUAAGAAUUGGUAUAAGGGUGCCAUGGAAGAUAUCAGGGGGAGGGGGGAGAAUGAAGGGGACAUAGAAGCACAUAUAAAAUGUGUAAUAGCAAGUGUCUUUAUGUAUAUACUAUUAAAAUCAAACUGUAAAAGGUGGUUAGGUAUAAAAUAUGCCCUGAAGAUAAUGAGUGAAAUUGAGGAAAGUCUAAAAAUUACGGGACAUAGUACAAAUAAGUGUGAAUGGAUGGAUUAUGAGGAUAUAAGUUUAGGAGGAAAAGUAGUUGGGAAAACAAUUGAAGAUUGGCUAAUGAAGAACAAAGGAAUAGGGAAAAAGGUUGAAAGCAUUAGGAAAAAUGCAAAUUGUGCAAAAUGGAACUGGGAUAUAGUCUGGGAGAAAGACAUUAAAGGAGAGGAUAGUGUAAAAAUAGUAAAAUUAUUAGAAGGGAAGGAAAAAGAAUUAGAAAAGGAAGAAGAAAAAACAUGGACUAGACCAAAGGAACUUCGUGGUUUAUGGGAAGAGGACGAAGACCUUGAAAUUGGGGAAUUUUUUUCAGAAUUCUCUAAUAACCCCAUUGAGGGAGAUCAUAGAUAUGACUACGAGACCUUGGAAGAGUUGGCUAAAAUAUGUGAGAAAGAAUCAAGUAUUGAAGGUAUACUGGAUAAGGAGGAAGACAGAGAGUUUUGUAGAACUCUUAUAAAAAAUUUAAUGAUAGUAACAAAGGACAAGUUACCAUGUCAAAAAGAAAAGAAAGAUAGGCCGGAUAUGUGGGAUUGUAUUCCAAAGUGUGAUCUUCUGAAUACAUGGCUCAUAUACGUAAGAAUGAGCUGUAAAAGGAACGAGGUAAUAAAUCAUGUAUUUGAGAAAAUGAAGGAUAUGAAGGGAAAUGUAAAAUAUAAGAAUGUUUUUGAAGAAUGUAAAUAUGGACAGAUAAAGCCAUGGUGGAGGGGGGACAGAGCUAUGAUGAUGGAAGUUUAUAAAUUUCUGAUGAAGGAAGACGGAAGGAGUAAAAUAAUGGAAAUACAUAACCAAAAUUGGUGUGGUGGGAAAGGGAUAAGAGAUUUUGUGAGUGAAAGUGUGCGGGAAAGGUUAAGGGCAGAUAAGAAGGCAGGAAAUGAGGAAUAUGGGAAUUUUCUGAAGGAAGUUGGGAAAGUAGCCGGAGUGGAGGAACAACCAGGUGGUAGAGCAGCUGGAGGGGGAGGUUCCUCCUCUAGUGGUGAAAGUAGAGCACCCGCUGCUCCAGGAGGAAAGUUAUAUCCUAAACCGGGUGCUGCACCUGAAAAUGAUGGAAAAUCUCCCAUUAAGGACAAGGAUAACUAUGAUGUAGGUCCUAUUGCUGUUUCUGCUGAUGGUCAAGCAGGUAUUAUUGAACUUUCUGCUGGUACUCAUAAAGAUCCAGCUCUUCAGGGUCCUCCACAGGAAUUAUUCGAGGCUGCUGAAGAGGGUACUAUCGUACAGGCCGCUCCAGCUGCCGAACCUGCUGCUGAUGAACAGGAAGAACAUAGUCAAACACCUCAUGAGGUUUCGGGGCAACCUUCUUCCGGCUCUGAAGAUGUUCAGAGUUCUGAUCCUGAAAAAGUUGAACAAAAUGGACAAGAUGCUUCCACGCCUGAAGCAGGUUCUGGUGAAUCUGUUGGUCCUUCCCAGGAAGCUCACCCGAAGGCUCUUGAUGCUGAUAUAAAAGGUCCGAAGGCAGACAUAUCAUCAACUUCCUCAGGAGGACAAAGUCCUCCUUCAUCAGCAGGAACAGCACAUUUAGGGUUAGGUCAACAGGGGAAGGGUGCCAUACGGACCCCUUCUGCUCCUGUCAAACUUACUCACAAGUAUUUUACCUUGCCUGGUAAAAGAAGACGUUACAGAAGAGCUCAUCAAGUACGUGGUCCCUCCUUAGAACAACAACUCCCUGAUCAUGUGGACGACCAGGCAGAUGGUCCACGUGAAUACACUUUAGUUAACGAACGACAACCUAUACGUCGGCCAAGAAGAUCACUCGGAAAAAAACCAGUUAGCCGCCGCACUAUUAUUGAUAUUCAUUUAGAAGUCUUAGACGAAUGUCAAAAAGGGGAUGUACAUUCGACGAAAGAGGACUUUUUUGAAAUUUUGGUUCGAGAAUUUAUGGAAAGCGAAUUCAUAAAGGAAUAA